UCCGCCCCGCCGCCCUAAAGCGGGCGCCUGUCCAGCUGGUGGUUAGACGCCGUCGCUUGGCGGCGUGCGACGCAGGCGACGAGGGCGAGGAGCGGCAUCACGCCAGGCUCCGUUUACGUUGCCGUUCGCGCGCAUAGGCAACGCACACGAGCGCUGCGCGGCGCUCUGACGCAGGUUUGGCGAUGCAGCAACAACAGCCGGUGAAACGCGCGAUGCGGGCCCUGCUGCUGGUUCGGCGGCUGGCCGGCCACCUGCGAGACAGGCCGGGGCGACGCCACGGGUCCAACCUGAACCAGCCGCUGUCGGGCAACGACUGCCCGCGACCAGGCGGCAUAGCCACCUUCAUGCGCCUCCCGUACGCGGCCUCGGCGCACGGUCUGGACGUGGCCGUGUACGGGGUCCCCUUCGACUGCGGCACGUCGAACCGCAGCGGGGCCCGGUUCGGUCCCCGCCAGGUGCGCUGCGAGUCGUCGCUCCUCCGGCCGCACAAUAUGGCCACCCGCGCGGCGCCCUAUGACAACCUGCAGGUGGCCGACGUGGGUGACGUGCCGGUCACCAUGUACGACACGCAGCGCGCCGUGGGCGACAUAGAGCGCUUCGUGCGGGGCCUGCUGAGUCACGGCUGCGUGCCCGUGGGCAUCGGGGGCGACCACACCACCACCUAUCCUGUGCUGAGGGCGAUCAAGGAGAAGCACGGUCCCGUGGGGCUGCUGCACCUGGACGCGCAUGCGGACGUGAACCCGACCAUGAUGCACUGUGAGGUGGCGCACGGCACGCCUUUCUACCGGGCCGUCCAGGAAGGCCUGCUGGACACACGCCGCGUCGUACAGAUCGGCCUGCGCGGCUCCGUCUACGGGCCCAACGAGGAGCGAUGGAGCCUGCAGCACGGCUUCCACAUCAUCCAGGCGCAGGAAUGCUGGUUCAAAUCUAUGGUGCCCAUCAUGGAGACCAAGGUGCUGCCCGUGCUGGGCUCCGGCCCCGUCUAUAUAUCUUUCGACAUCGAUUGUCUGGACCCCGCAUUCGCCCCAGGCACUGGUACUCCAGAAAUUGGUGGUUUGACAAGCGCACAGGCGCUCGAGGUCAUACGCAGCUGCAAGGGACUCAACAUCGUCGGCGCUGACUUGGUUGAGGUUUCACCACCAUACGACACAAGCGGCAACACUGCACUGACGGCCGCAAACCUGCUCUUCGAGAUGAUAUGCGUGUUACCAGGAGUGAAGUGCCUGGAUUAGGAGCCAAUGAAGAAGAAAAAGAAAAGUUGUGCCAUUGCACAGCGUACAUUGGCCAGUGUGUAUGUGCUGGGUGCAGCAUAAGUGACCCGAUCGAUACUCCAGGCGUUAUUGUUUGUCAAUAAACUACGCGCACACAA